CAAGCCGCAAACCUUCCACCCGCAGGUCACCCAAACCGCGAGCUUUCCACCCGCAGGUCACCCAAGCCGAAACUCCCCAGAGCGCCAACAUGGUGGCCGUCGAUCUGCCAAUUGGGGUUGAUCUGUCAAUUGGGGUUGAUCUGGGAACAACGCGCAGCGGCAUCUCGAUCCACGUCAGUGCACCGACAGAGCGCUACAGCGAGUUCCUCGAUCUCAAGAAGCUGGGUGGACCCAAAUUUCCGACAGAGGUGACAUACGACUCUUCCCGUUGGGGAAAUCAAUGCCAGGAGUUUCAGAGCAACACUUUUCGGUGGUUCAAACUCCUACUUCAGAAGCCAGCUAGGCUUGACAACAACAUCAGAUCAUCGAGACAAUACAAGGACGCGCUUCUCGCAUUGGAGCUUAACAAGAAGAAGGCGGCCGAGGUGGCUCAGAUGUACCUGGAAAAAUUAUGGGAACAGGCCCUUCCCCACUGCAACGAGGCGCUCGACGACCUCAUUGCCGAACGAGAGUGGGGUAGAGUUAAGAUCAGGUCUGUCCGGGUUGGCUUCACACAUCCUGUUAUGUGGAAAACAGGCGGUAUCACGAGCACCCGGGAGGCGAUUUUCGCCUCAUUGAGAUCGCCAUGGCCUACCGCCGAACCGCAGCCGCUGUCAGAGCCCGAGGCCGCGGCGUGUUACCUACUCAAGCAGGCCGAGGUCCUCGCAGAAGCCCGGGUUGGCCACGUGAUGAUUGUGUGUGAUAUAGGAGGAGGCACCAUUGACGUCGCCCGUUACGGCAUCAAGUCACUGAACCCUCCACGGGUGAAGCAGCUCGGAGACACGCAUGGGGCCUUUGGUGGUGGUGUGGUGUUGGACAACCAUUUUGAGACCUGGCUCAAGACGGAGCUACAAAAGGAAGACGGGCCGUACCCUGGCGGCCUCAAUCUCACUGACGACGAGAUCGGGAAGUUCAUGAGGAAGACGUGGGAGAACAAAAAGGUUCGGCAUGGCACGGACGGCGGCCCCUACACGCUGAGACUUCCCGAAACAUGGCCAAACAAGGGCACUCAUUCCUCAAUCCAGCUCUCAGAGGAACAUCGAAAUUCGAUAUUCGAUCCAGUCGUGGGCGCCACCUACGGCUUCCUCGACAGCAGUGUGCAACAGGCCAUCGCAGAUGGACAUCCCCCGUCGGUAGGGAGAGGCGGAAACAGCGGACCCGGGACGCCGGGUAACCGGUAGCCAAACGAGGUGAUCAAAACUAACCUGGUUUCCCGGCACGCCGGCCUUUCUGUAGCAUAUAAUUCUCUGCGGCGGCGUCGGCAUGAACUGCUACGUUCAGGCCCAGAUCAAGAAAAGGGUGUCAACCCUGGAGCACAACGUCGAGGGUGGCAUCAGCGUCCAUUGCUGGGGGCAGCACAGAGAUGAUAUCCGCAAUGCCGCCGCGAUGGGAGCCGCGCUAUUCGCGAGCCAGCAGUAGGAGGACUAAGACUGCCAGGUGCUCACGGGGCGUUGCCGAGGCAACUGCCAACGCCCCAUGCCCGAGAGACCGACUGUCCGCGCAGGCGAACCCCGGCAGCACCAAUCGGCAGCACAUUCGUCAGGGAUGGAGAGACGGGCGGUGCUGUUCUUGGUAUUUCGCAUUUCUCCUUGAGUCGUCAUUUGUUCCGGUCGCGCGUGUUUUUUGUCUUUUUGUCUUCAUUUUUUCGUUGCUUUAUCUGCCUUUUCGCCAUGUCGCUUUUUUUUCACAGAGCUCUCUUGCGAUGUUUUCUACUGCUUUCUCGAG